AUGUUCAAGUCCAGCAAGAACAAGUCGGUCAUUCCGCCAGUCCAGGAUGACAGACAAAGCUAUGCACCUCGUCCCGGCCAAAGCAGCGCCAAUGGCUACGGCAGCUCUCGAGGUCCGCAAGCACCAGUAGGCGCAUCUCAGUACGCUCCAAGCGAGCGUGCACCAAGCUACCGCACCAACACCUCCUCGACUUAUGGUGACCCACCGCGUUCGAAUGGCUACGGCGCACCCGCUGCGACGGGCUAUGGCGCACCUGCUGGCCCUUCUAGGACCGCAGGAGGCUAUGGUGCUCCUGCCGGACGAGGCUAUGGCCAACCUGCCGAUCGUGAUGAGUUGUUCAAGGGCGCCAAACCGCCAAGCGACCGCUACGCGCAACGUUCAUUGGACAACAUUCCCGGCGAGCAGCAACAAGUCACCCAAGAAGAAGAGGACGAUGAAGUGGAAGCGAUCAAGCAACAGAUGAGAUUCACAAAGCAAGAGAGUCUGGGCAGUACACGAAACGCGCUCAGGACGGCAAGGGAAGCAGAGGAGACCGCUCGCAGCACUCUCACUCGCCUCGGAGAACAAAGCGAUCGACUGGCCAACACUGACCGCCAUCUCGACAUUGCCAAGGGCUACAACGAUCGAGCAAAAGACGAAGCUGAGGAGAUCCGUCGACUUAACCGGUCCAUCUUUCGGCCUACUUGGUCGUUCAACAAGGAGAAGAAGCGAGACGCAGAAGACGCGAGGCAGCUUGCUCGUCACAUGCGCGAGAAGGAAGAGCGAGAAGAGACCCGCUUACAAGCCAUGCAAUCACAACAGCGCAUCGAGGGUGCUUUCCGCAAAGCCGGCAAAACAUCAUCAUCGCUCGAUCGUAAUGGUCCACAUGCUACCGCCCAGCGGUUGCAGCAGCGCUCGAGGUACCAAUUCGAAAGCACGGCUUCCGACGAUGAGCUCGAAGAUGAACUCGAUAGCAACCUGAACGAGAUCGGCGAUGUUGCUGCUAGACUCAAAGUCAUGGCCAUGGCUGCCGGUCAAGAGGUCGACUCGCAGAACCGCAAGCUGGACGGACUGUCGACCAAGACGGACACGCUCGAUAUGCGCAUCUCAUCGAACACCGAGUAUCUCAAGCGCAUCAAGUAA